AUGUCAGGACCACAAGAUCCCUUCGUUGAGAGAGAUGAGACAAACCAGCAACACCAGAUGGAGCAAGCUCGGCCGUUGGAAACCGCCUCUAAUGGCGACUGCAAUCGACUCAUUGAUCAUGACGACAACUGGCGAGAGUUGGAGGAUGAGAAAGACCAGGUCUUUGUUGGCGGCGUGAGGAACUACUACUACAAAAGCAAAGGCCGAUGGAUCCCGCAGAGAGACUUGUUCAAUUUCGCCAAGCUUGACCAGGAGCACCUCGGUUCUUCUGACUUUCGAUCGAUGCACCAUCCUCUGACACCCCCCCAAGUGCCUCCUCUACCGUCUGUUAUUGGGGACCGCACAGCAGGCAAAGACGGCGCCUAUCCCUUCGCGCCUCUGCCGUCGGAAGAGCAUGCUCGCUUCCUGGAGAUCCUCCCCGCUGACUCUGGAGAGCUGAGAUGCCGGCUUCACACUGCCAAAAUCUUGGAUUGCCGUCUCGGCUACGAGUACCUAUCCUACAGCACGGACAAGAGUAUCCAUGCAUCGGUUGAGCUGAAUCAGGACCGUAUGGUCAUAAAUGGAAGCUCAGGGCAGUCCAGGGAGGUGCUCAUCCGACUGUUGGAAACGCUCCGCCUGCCCGAUCGCUCACGUCUCAUUUGGGCGCCCCAUCUCUGCAUUGACGUUGCCGAUGUCAACGAUCGCAAUCGUCACACCAAGCGGGCGGCCAAAAUAAUACAAAGCGCGACUGACGCAGGCGACGUCGCAAGCAAAUUCAAGGUUGAUUAUGGCGUGAAGGAGCCCCAGCUCAACCAUUCAGUGGCUUGCCACUUGGCUGAGAUGGAUGGGCCGGCCUCGUUCCUGGGCCAAGUACACCACGACCACGACGGUCGACUUACGAUGCGUGUCAGCAAUAACGACCUUUCUCUCGUUGUGGAUGGACCCUCGUGGGUCCCGCGCUGGCAGACAGCGCUAUCGGAUCCUAUUGAGCCACUGGUUCCGCAUGCUGACUUCUCGGCCGGUACGGCUUUGCGCCCGAGAAUCUUGAAGCAGCCAGAUCCGAACAGGCUUGUGGUGAGAGGGAUCUUGGUUGAUGAGGUUGACAGCGUGCGUUCGCUAGACCGGUACAAUACUUUUUGGCGUGGUCGCGACGCCAGCACCUAUUCGAAGCACGUCAACUUCGACCUAAAUCACGGACCGGCCAGCCCAACCCUGAAAGCGCCGCCGCGGUUGGAGAGAGCUAUGCUGGGAGAUGAGCUGCGCGCAUGCGGAUUGACAACCAUUGACCUCAGUCAGCUGGCUGUCACUCUGAGCUGUGGCAAAGACUGGGAAGGCACACCCGUGUCUAAUAUUGAGGGCCACGUAGCUGAUUACGCACGAUGUAUCCUUCGCAAUGGGCUGUGGUGGUCGUUGGACUGGCUGCGAAAGAUCAAGAGGCAGCAGGGUACGGAUCCAGGCCAAAAGCAGGCCAUGAGCGUGUCCGACCUCGAGGCCCUGUCCACUGGAGGCAGCGCCGACCGAUUCUUAGACUGUGCUGUCACAGCUGGCCGAAAUCGGGCCACAUUUGUGUCCAAGCAUGGCAUCUGGGGUCUGGGGCCCGAUGCGAUGAAGCAAGGAGAUAGGCUCUGUGUGGUGAGCGGCUUAUCAGCGCCCUUGGUACUGCGGCCAAACAACCACAAGGACAGCAGCUUCCAGGUUGUGGGUCCGGCCUACGCAUUUGACAUGAUGCACGGCGAGGUCGCUGAGGUGGCACAGUCCGAAAACGGGUGGCUGACGGAGUCAUGGAUUCAGUUAAAUUGA